AUGUCUUCUGCCCCUAGCACUUUACCCCAGGUCUCGGCUCGUGAUACCAAGUCCCACUACGGAGCGUACGUCGUAACCGUGGUGCUCAGCUCGCACUCGAUCGUUGCCAAUCACUAACUUUUCCUCCAUUCGCUCGCAAACAACAGCAUCAUCUUGGGUGCCGGACUUUCUGGAUUAGGUGAGACAAUUGAAGCCUUGCACCCAAUGUUCAUCAUAGCUAACCCCUCCUUUCAUCCUCAGCCGCCAAUAUUCAGCUUAAGCGCAAGCUCGGCUUUACCGACGUAUUCUGCUAUGAAAAAUCAGCCGAUAUCGGUGGAACAUGGAACCAUAACCGAUACCCUGGUGCUGCAUGUGGUAGGUCCUUUUGAGCUGGGUUUUUUCGCGUGCAGCCUCCUGGUGUGGGACGUUCAUAAAUCGAGAUUCGGGACGACCGUGUCUCGAGAAUUCCGGCUCGUCCCGCCGGCGAUGCGAUUCACUCGAAGGCCGAGUUUCGGAGAAGAGAAUCUCAGCUGACUUGUGUAUAUGUCACACGGCCCCAAAUCUGUGCAUACAGAUAUUCCCCUGUCCCUUUACUCCUUCUCGUUCGCAGCACCGAAGGAUGUGUGGACGCAAUGGGCCGCCCAGCCUCAAAUUCUCGAAUGUGAGUUCUGCGAACUGGCUCGUUGACAUUCCUAGAUGUGUGCCCUCAUCGUACUGAUCCCACAACCAAUCCAAUCCUCCCAGACUUGCACUCGGUGCAGAAGAAGUUUGAGGUCAACAACAUCGCUUUCCACCACAUGGUUCUCGAAGCACGCCACUCUCGCCAGACUGGGUUGUGGACCAUCCAAGUCAAGGAUCUCAAGACGGGCGAGACCAAGACACGGACGUGCAACAUUCUCAUUUCGGCCCUCGGCGGUCUUGCGAACCCCAACGACCCCAGUUUCGACGUGCGCGACUUCAACGGAGAUGUGUUCCACUCGGCUCAGUGGAAUUUUGACGUUUCCCUGAAGAACAAGGACGUCGUCAUGGUCGGAAACGGUUGCUCCGCCGCUCAGGUGAGCCUUCCAAUCUGCUCGUCUCGUACAGCUUCACACCAACUGAUCUAUCCUGACCCGUGGAUUUUUGAAGAUCGUACCCGAAAUCGCCGACGAGGUCAAAAGUCUGACUCAGAUAGCCCGUUCAAGGCAAUCGAUCAUCCGUCGCCCUCUCGCACCCGACAAUACCCUCGUCCAUUGGGCCAAGAAGUACAUUCCCGGGUUCGCUUGGGUCUUGCGAACCAUCAUCUUCCUCAUCAUGGAGCGCAUGUUCAGGGUCUCGGAUGUGAAGCGCGGCGCCAAGGAUCGCGACUACUUGCUCAAGGACACCAAGAAGUACAUUCGUGAAGUCGCCCCCGAGAAGUACUGGGACGCCCUCGAACGUGAGUCGCCUUGAUCUGAGUUCUCGUACCAGCGUCUUAUUGGAGUAGAGCUGACCCAAGCCCCUCCUUUGCUUCCACAGCCGAUUUCGAUAUCGCCGCUAAGCGUCGAGUAUUCGACUCAGGUUACUACGCCGCACUCAACAACCCCAAGGUUGACCUUGUGCAGGACGAUGCGCUCGAAAGCGUCAAGGGCGACACGGUUACGACCAAGAACGGCCGUAAAUUCAAAGCCGACGUCAUCGUGCUCUGCACGGGCUUUAAGGUCCACGAUUAUCUUUUCCCUGUCAAGAUCUAUAACUCUGAGGGUGUGUCGCUGCAAGACCGCUUGCGCGACAACAAGGUCUCGGUCUACCAGGGAACCUGUGUUGCCGACUUCCCCAAUUUGUUCUGGCUCAUGGGCCCCAACACCGCCACGGGUCACAGUUCGGUCAUCUUCACCUCCGAGGCUCAGAUCACGUAUGUUCUUCUUGCUAUGUGCCGUGGCUGUCCCCUCCAGAGUAUAGCAAUCGAGACUAAACCGCCGGCGUUUCGUGCCUGUAGCAUGAUGCGAAAACUCAUCAAGCCCAUCCUGUCGCAACUGAAGCCAAGCACGAACGGCGAGCCUGCGCCGACGGUCGAGGUCACGCCCGCAGCUCAGGAACAGUACAGUAAGAAGAUUCGUAACGAGAUGAAGAAGAAGGUCAGUUGAGCAGACUUUCCAUAUGCGUCAGAAAGUGGUCCAGCGACUUACGAACCGGUUUCUCCGUGCUCAUCCGAAACAGGUCUGGGAGAAGGACGGUGGCGUGUCGUGGUAUGUCAACAAAGACACCGGCUUGUGCACGGCGCUGUACCCUUUCUCGCAGAUCCACUUCUGGUGGAACGCUUCCUUCCCGAAGAGAGUCGAUUUCAAGUACAUUGGAGCAUGA